AUGGGCACAUCCUGCGCUGCAGUCUCCCAGGGCUCCCAGGAUGGCGAAUGCCUAGCAUCCCAGGGCCAGGUCAUCACGUGGACCCCGGGGCUGGACCAGGCUUUGGACGACACUACCACGGGCACAUCCUGGCCGCCCAAGGGCUUCCUCUUUGGCCCCAGCAGCUCAGGGCACCAGCUGUGGGCGUCGGAUGGGGCAGGGGGCCCGGUGGAGAGGGGGUUGAGAUUAGGGGGACGCGGCUCCGCGUCUCCGGGUCUGCGGCGGGUGCUCCCCCCCACAACGCCACCCCCGCUGCGGAGAGGCCAGAAGCGGGAGGUCGCCAAGGCUGAGACCGCCACCCCUCCUCCGCGCGCGCCCCCGCGCGCCCCGCACGGCCGCGCGCUGCGCCCCGCGAGGGGCCGGGCUUCCAUCCACCUGUCAGUGCGCGCCCGCCGCCGCCGCCGCCGCCUCGCCGCCGCCGCCGCCCAACUUUGCGGGGACUUGCCGGGGCGCGCCGCCUCCUCGCGGCCGUCCGCGUCCUCGCCCAUCCAUGGCCGCGGCGCCCGCCCAGCCCCGUGGCCGCCGGGCGCGGUGAGCGCAGGACCGAGCCCGGGGUGGGCGCUGGGGGGGUGGGGGUCUCCCCACGCGCAGCCGCCCCGGGAACAGCCGCGGCCGAGCGGCGGGGGCCCUGCCUCGCUGCCGCCGUCCGCCCCCCCGCGCCGGGAGCCCCGGCACGGAGCAUUGCGGAUGCGGCGCGGGGCCGGCGCGGGGCUCCGGGCGCGCUCGGGGGUCGUGAGCGCCGCGCCCCGCGCGCCCCCCGCCCGCGCGCCCCGCCGGGGCCAUGCAGUCGUUCAUCUCGCCCGUCACCAAGGCCAUCCUGGUGGCGCUCUUCAUCUUCGCCAUCCUGCUCAUCCUCUACGUGAUCCUCUGGUACAUCUGCCGCGAUGUGGACUGCGACCACGGCAUCUGAGAGCCGCGGGCCCCGCGCCCCGCCGCGCUGAAGGGCGCCCGGGCGUCCGGCAUGGGGGCCGCGGGGCCGGCCGGGGCGCCCCGCCACCCCGGCCCCGCGCCCCGCCGCCCGCGCCCCCUGCCCGUGACCUUCACGACGGACCGGACGGAGCGGGGCCCCCGAAGGGAUGCAGAAACCCUGGUCGCCCUGGACUCUUCCGUUCUUCCUGUCCUCCAAGUAGCAGUCAAGAUGCCGUGAGCAGAUUCCCCGGGCGUGGACCACGGGCGUGGCCGCGACUCUGAUGUGGCCGGAAGCAAGAUCCAAUGCCCGCGGGUCCGGCGA